AUGAACGCAGCGUGCGUCUCAUACUGCGAUAUGACAUCGAUGGAUUCAUAUUAUAGCACCUCUACUGCGCAGGGUAGGGACCAACAGGCGAACCCGUUCAGGACUUUCCCAAACACUGACGCCAAAUACAGCCCCACGUUCAUCCCGGGUAAAGGGCAGCCUUACGGAGAGAAGCCCCGGAGUCCCUUCCAGCCCGAGUGCCAGUCUUUGGAUGGCGCAGAGGAGGGCACCUUCAACAAGUCGUAUCAGCUCUUCAUGCAGAGACCGACCUGCAAAACUCCGCCCGAGGGAGGCAAGCUGCACCCGGACAGUGGGCUCAACGGGACGCUCCUGCCCUGCUAUGGUGAGUGCGCACAAAAGAGAGAGAGAGAGAGGUACAAACUAGGCGACGUAUCGGCUUUGUGCUGAACGGAAAUGCACGACAAGAGGGAACAUUUGUAAGUAAUAAUAGAGGGAAUAAUGUUCCUGUGCGUAAUGGGCUGCAGCAGCAUCUGAAAGUUGGUAAGUCUGUGAGCGAAGAGCAGAGGGGGAGAAAAGGGAGAAGCAGCAGGACACCCAUCAACAAACUUUUAAACUCUAGUUUACCUCUUAAAUAAGAGUAAAAAAACAGUCAAAGAAAUACAGUUUCUCAUCAAAUCUGACAAGCGAAACUGCUCUUUGACGAGAGACAUUUUAACAUUUUUACGCACGAAAGUAUAAGGCUCUUUGGCUGCGUAACUUCAAUCCUGCAAAAGUCAAGAUAAAAAGUACACAACAGAAGAUGAAGUUGGCUUGAUUUAGGGAGUUUUUAUUAAUGCAGCUGUGAAUGACUCUUAAUUAUGUAUCAGGGGAGGUGGAUUCCUAUCUGUAAUCUUGCAUAGAGAAAUACAAGUGCACAAACAAAAAUACAUAGCCUGUCUUUUGACUUAAGAGUAAAUGGGCAAUUAGAAAAAAAUAUAUAACCCUAAAUUUCUCUUUUCGUGUUUGGAUUAAUUAUACAAUCUUCACAGACUGAUUUUAGGACAUUUCUGUACUCUAACCCGGAUAGAUCCGCAGCAUCUCUGUCACUGAUCAGCCCGGCCUGCAUCAACAAUCUGACAUCGAUAAAUUUUGCAGCUUUCCCAAUCUCUGCUUAAAUUAAAACAUAAACUAUAAACCGUUUUAAUUCAGGAACAUCUUCAGGUCGUAGACGCACAAAUGAAAAAUUCAUGCGUAAUGGCAAAAAAUGAAGACAGUAAAUUCUUAUGUGGACUAUUUUAAGCACUCUCUCUAACAUAUUGAGCAAUUUUCGUAUUUAGCAGAGGUUAUUUUGUCAGUGCUGAAAUAAGUAGUUUAAGUUCACAUCUACAGGGGUGUUUAACUUUAGUCCUUGGAUAGACGCCCUUUCAGGCCAAAAUUGCGUAAUUUUUAUAUUUACAGUAUAUUUGAGACAAAUUUAAAAAUAAUCGAGAGACAGUUUGGUCGCCCUCAUUUUUGCAAAAAACAAUUAAAGCUUUGGAGUCACCAGGUAAGUCAAUGUAAGCAGAAAACAAUCCCUUUGGCUGUCAGUUGAAUUUCACAUCAUGGAUCUUAAGUUGUGCAUUUGGGCCUAAAUGAAGUCGAGCUUAGAUAAAAAGUUUUGGUGAGCUAUAAUCUUGUCCGAUUGCCUAAAAUGUGUUAAGUAAAAUAAAUAUCAAACACUAGUUCUCACAUAUAUAACACUAACACGAAGAAUUGUUUUAAAAUAAUAAUUUUAAGUCCAGUUAUCUGCCUGUAGACUGGUGGGCGCCCUCGUUGUUUCAGCUCCAGAUGUUUAUCAUGAUGCGGAUAUUACAGAAGAAAACAUCUGUAUAAUCACAGAUGAAUUUGGAUUUCCAUCCACAUUUACAAGCAACAAUCAAACCCAAGUUUCCAUUUUCUCCGGUUAUUCUCAGCGAAAAUUCAAUCGACAAGAGAAAGCAGAAAAUAAACUCAACGCUGUGCUGAAAUAUGUCCCCGUCCCGCAGAAAAUUCAUCUACUUCACUCAAUUUUUGCUUUAGUUUUAGGCUCACAAAAAAGUGACCUGCUCUGAAUCUGCUCUGAGGGACCAAUUACAGCUCGGCCUGCAGGAGAACUUGUUUUUUCGCAGUAGCCUCCACACACGUUGCCAAAAAAACAUCCACAAAGUGAAAAGUAAUCUGUUUUCCUGAGAAAAUCUGGAGUCACUCUUUAUUCCAAGCUGAACUGUCACUUUUUUUUCCUGGAGUUUGAAAGUUUGCCCGAACAGACUGGAGCACCCCUGCGCGCUCGAGUAUGGAUCGAUUUGGCACGUGCAUUGACAGAGCCGUUUAAACAGCGUCAUUAAAUGCAACAUGCCUCCCUUGAGGGGGAGCUGCGCACUGUUGUUAUUGAAAAUGUUGCUGCCAGAUGAAGGCAUCGUGGCUCCGGGGAGGAUACUUUGGGGUCCUGCCAAAGCCUCAGGCGUCAACAGGCUUGUGCUCCAAUGUGUGGUCCUCAAUGGGAGAUAUAUUGCUCAAUGUUGAAGCUUUAUCUCCGGCGUGAUGACACAAAAAGUCAUCUCGAACCCAAAGGGAGUUUUCUGUGUGGCAACUCCAGCUAGAAAACUGUUUAGGUGGCAACACUGCGUUCUUGUUAAUGUGUUUAAGUCACAUGUACAAAUUCAUGGGUGCAUAAAAAAGCACAAGAAAGAAGAAACAUGUCUCAGGAGACGUGGGCAUUGUGUGUGUCUAUGCUCAACUACUGACUGUAGUCAUACAUUUAUAGUAGAGUAGUAGUAGUAGUUUAUUCAGUCAUGACAACACCAAAUAUUUUACACAAUAUUGACAUUUUACACUAAAUCACUAAAUCAAGAAUCAUGUGUUGAAUAUUGACUGAAAAGGCAGAAACAGAAGCAGACUGCUUAUAAAAGCCCAUCCUGUAUUGUCAACUUUUUAGGCUACCGACCUCCAGAAAAGCAAAGAAACCACAACAAUAGAUAAUUAAUCGCACUUAUACGCUUCAAAAAUAGCUUUACAAACCAUUUUCUUGGAAACCCAAAAGGAAUGACAUGUUUUCAGAUUUAUGUUGGCAUCAAACCAGAAUUUAACUCCAGUAAUGGAGACAUAUCUCCUUUUCUCUUAUAUGAACGAGCAUGUAGAAAACAGAGAAGCAUCUAGGCUUAAUGUGAAAUAUUUGUGAAGUAUGCUUCAUAUUUUAAUCUUUACUGAAGUAUUUUGCAGCUUCAAUAAAACGAAAGUGCUUAAAGUAGUUUCAAACUCAAGAUUUUUUGCAUAAUUUUAAGAUUUAAUUCACCAAUUUACAUGACAUGGUACAUGAUAUAUGAUCUGGCAGGUUAAUUGUCUUUUGUGUGAAUUAAACUAAAUUUCUAAAUCAAUACAAUUAUUUAAAAAAUUUAAAUUAAAAAGAGCAUACUCAGGUUUGGCUGGGUUUGCAUGUUAAGCUGUGAGACUGUCCCACAGUGAUGCUGGGAUGGAGCCGUCUACCUGCUCACACAGCGAUGAAUGAAAUAAAGCCCCCCGAGCUGAUGGAGAGCUGAGGAAUGCAGGUCAGCGCUGCAGGAGAGGUCGGCAUUAAUCUGAGGCAGAUGUGCAUUACUGGCUCCUAUAGUUAUUAUUCAUACUCCCCAAACAUCACAACUCUCAAAGCUGCAGAGAGUCCCUGAGAUGACAGAGUGGGACUGGUUUACAUAACCCCAUCUCCACAAUACCUUGUACAAAUAAGCAGUGAGUCAGAAAUGGACAUCCAGAUUGGGUAAUGAUUUGAGGGACUCGGAGGGGAGUGGGAGGGAUUCUGGGAAAGCUACACGUGUGUGAAUGACUGUUUACAUCCAUAUACUUCAUUAGACUCUGCGGUGGAAAUUUGGAUUCCAAACCUGGACAGCUUUUUUAGUUUUCCUUCUUAAUAAAAGUUUAUUUUUGCAAUAGAAAGACCAAAAACUUCUAGAGAAAAUGAUAUCACGACUUACUUUUGAAUCUGAGAAACUAUGUGGCAUUUUUUGAAAACGGAGACAUUGUUGUGGAAAGGCUGGUGGUUGAUACUGUGGUCGAACAUUGCAAUGCAGUGGAGCUUUUAUGUGAACGCUGGAACCCGCUGUUUGUGCCGCAUCCUCUUUGUCUUUUCCACAAAAUAACAGUUUAAAGCAAAUUGCACACAGCUUAAAAAUUCUUUGUUCCUUCCAUCAGUGGAAAAUCGAAGCAUCCUGUGAUAUGUUAAACAUUUUUCUAGCCUGUAUGAAAACCAAAACAGCUCCCCACACCCCCCACAAAAAGUCCUGGCAUGGUUUUAAAAGCAUCCUGUCAAAAUAAAACUCUCCAAUAUAUGUUAAAAGGCUGUGGGAAGUGAUGUCACAGGAUAUGCAUGUGCUGAUGACUAACACAUUGUAUUCAUGUUAACAAUAUGGCAAGUGCCAGGAUGACACCUGCGAUGGUGCCGAAGUGCGUCUGUGAACCAGAACAAGUGAGACUAAGUGAUGAAUUUCAGAUUUAAAUCAAAGUGACGCAGACAAAGACAAAGCUGCAGCCGUCUGCCUGCCAUUACAUGAGAAUGUAACUCUGAGGACAGUGUUGUACUUUGAAAGAGUUGGAGGUACUCUACUUAUGAGGAUGUCUCUCACUGCUUGUAUUUGUCCGUGCUCUUGUGAAGCUAAAACAGCAUCUAUCAACUCUGCUUCUAGCUCUCUCUCUCACUUAGGAAAGGUGACUCUCAUCCGCUAAACUAAACCUGCAUGCAGGCCGCAACAAAACAAUGAUGAAGAAACUUUAACCAUCUGUUACACAUUUUGAUCAGCGUCUUCUGUGUCGACUAAACACAUUAUUGGAGUCUGAGGACUGUUUUUGGCUUGGGCUCACAGUCAGAAAAGGGAAAGAGACUUUUUUACACAGUUAAAAAGGACACUUGUUCAUGCAAGGAGAGGACAGUAACAGAGAUUAAUACUGGCUGCACCACGAACUGUCCCCAUACUUCUCCAGGAAAAACACCUCCUUAAACUAUAAUCUGACUCUGAUCCAAACAGCAUAAAUGUUAGUGUAAUUUAGUUUGAACAAGUGGAGUACAGAUGAUAUACUUAAUUUGAUUAGAAGGUUAGAAACAGUGUGAGCCAAGACCCUCACUCACUUAAUUUCUGUUAUUUGCUGCUGCUUUUCUGUUUAUUACCAGAUGAGAUUUAAUUACAAAACUGUAAAACAAAAAACAUGAAUGACAGCAUUUACAAGACACAUUUCUUUGCUAAUUCCUCGAAAACCAUUUUUUAAAAAUCUGUUUUUUUUGCUGUGAAAAACUUUUGAUAUCACUUUAUUUGACGCCUCUCUCUAUAACGCACUAUGAAUAUAUUUAUAAUGCAUUAUAAUCACGUUUUAGCACUGUAUAACUAUAGUUAUAAACACCCAUGAAUGAUCAUAAUUCUUUAUAGCAAUAAUCAUAAUAUAUUAUGAAGCAUUUUAUCAUGACUUACAAGGUCAGGUAUUAUAAUGUGUUAUAACUGUUAACAACAGUUGUAUUAUCAAUGUCGGUAUUAUCAGUGAGUUGUUCACAGUUAUAACACAUUAUAAUACCUGACCUUGUAAGUCAUGAUAAAAUGCUUAAUAAUGUUUUAUGAUUAUUGCUAUAAAGCAUUAUGAUCAUUUAUGAGUGUUUAUAACAGUGCUAUAACACGAUUAUAACACAUCAUACAUAUAAUGCGUUAUAGAGAUAUGCGUCAAUUAAAGUGUUACCAAACUUUUUCCGCCCUUCCUCUCCUGUACAAUCAGAAAUCCCUUCAAUUUAAUUCAAUCCAAAACUGUUUUUGUGUCCUCUGAUAUAAGAGAGUGAGAGUGAGAGCCGCACCUGAAGGUUUUCUGACGGUAGUGAGGUCAUGAUCGUGUCAAUUUAUCAGGCGCUGAGGCUGAGCAGACAGAUUUUUUUGCUUUCCCAGGGAAUCUGAAUUCCUGCGUGAGCCGCUGGCAUACAUCUCUCCUCGGGAACAUCUGGGAGCCUCCCUUCCUCUGAGGAAACAACAGUCAACAUCAGGUCUUAGACUGAGCUGCAGGAAGAAUAAAAUGGCCUAAAGCAUGUCUGUGGACCAGAAAUGAAUCUACAAUCAGAAGUCACCACAGCCAGUGGAAUAUUUGACUGUUUUUGGCCCAUAUAAGGUGUGAUAAGUGGAGAGCAGUUGUAACAGACUCCUGUCAGGUUUCGGGGGAACAUUUCAGAGCACUCUGUUUAAAAGCAUUCCCUUCUCUAUUUAGUGUUUGGUCAUUAACCCUUCCCCAGGUUACUAAUUUAUAGUGUUUCUUUUAUUUGGCUUCACUUGACCCUCUUCGUCCCUUUCCAUAAAAACCGAGGGGGUGCCCUGUUGCUUUACAACCAGUUAAAUUACACUUUGAUGUUUCCUCUCUGUUUUCAGCAGUGAUUAAAUUGCUGACCCUAGUAAACAUGUGACCUCGGCUAACUGAAGAGGUCUGCAGCUUGUCACACACUUACUCUGGCAAAUUGCGGGAUCAACUGGUGAUAUUCGGCGCAUUUGUGCGCACACAUCGACGAACGCUGAGAAGAGAAGGAGGCAAAAAACACAUUCCUCCGAAUGCCAGAAAAGCUGGAGCCAGUGCAGUGGAAUCUUGGCUCCCAAUAGAAAGCAGUGUGUGAUGGUUGUGUUCUGCAGGGCUGGUGCAGAAAAGACAGCUCAGCAUGCGGGAAUACUCUGAGAUGUUUGUGGCAAAGGAUUCUGUGUGGUUAGCGUGACAGAGAAAAGAUAGAUGAGCUUGGAGCACAAGACAAGAGAAAGAUGUUGGUUAGUGCAGAUUCUGCUGAUGAUAAAAGUCUGUUUCAAGCUGAGAAGCUGGAACAAAUAGUCUGACAACAGUACUUAGUGUUUUUAAAGGGAAUAAGAAGACAGACUGAUGUCACCCAUGUCUAUUUAGUUUGUAUGAAGCCGUUGGGACUGUCAGGUUGGUUUCACUGCGCACAAAGGCUGCAAAGAGUGGGAAUGGCCUCCCUCUGCUGACUGGAGUAACAAAAUCUGCCUCAUAUCUGUGAGGUCCAGGAUGAGUCUCAUUAUAACAAUGAGGAAUAAAACUAUUGGCCUGCUGGGUCAUAGGUUUCAUGAUUGGUGACGCACCUUUAUGCACUCGCGGCCUCGGCUAGAUGUUUUGGCUUGCUCUGAGUGUCCAUAACUUGUUCCAUUAAGUUUAAACAAUCAGACUUCUGUAUGCAAAAAACGUCACUUCGAUAUGUCAAUCUGUUUAUUCCUUUUGCACAAUAAACCAAAAAAUCAAAACCAAAAACCAGCCGCCAGCCUGCGAUCAAAAAACAAAAGCCUCUAGUGCGCAACACCUAAAACAAUUAGUGGGCACCUUAAAUAGUCUUUUUUGCGCCCCCUACAGCGCCACACAGGUGAACCCUACAAAAGGCUCCACCAAUGAUAAUCGUGGAGAAGUCAAAGAGACGUGAAUUUAGGCGUCACCUUUGGAUCAUUUUAGAGCCCUAAGUCUGAAAUCGUUAUACAACAUUUAAAAAAUGGCUGCCGGUUCUACAUUGGUUCAUGUUUGACCAGUUAGUGUAUCAAUCAUUGUACAUCACAUAUCAUUAGAUAGAGGGUCCCCAUGAUGAUUCUUGGGAUGUAUGAGUAAAUCUGUAGUGUAAAAGCAGAGUUGUUUUUCUCCUGGUAUCAUCUGUCUUUUACAGACAUUGCAAAUAGCGAUUCGUCUGUCUUGUUUAGAUGCUUAAAAACACUUUCAUACAGCCCACAUGUUGUAGCUUUCUGUUGGCAAACAUAGGCGGUCAUCUUCUGUGUAUAAUCAAUGCUUUAUAUACUAGCAGAAAUGUUCAGAUCUGCCGAUACUGACAAUAAACGUUGAAGCUUUUGUUCACCAAUACUGAAAUAAUACAGAUGAAACUGUGCAUCCCCACAAAAAGGUCUUUAAGGCAAGAAAAGAGGUUUGGAUUCCCGAAUUGCUCUCAGUUCCAGAUAAUGGCAAGUUUUACAUUUUAUUUUCUGACAGAUUGGACAAUAAAUCUCCUUUAGAAGUGCAUUUUCCUUACAUCUCUCAAUGCUGCACUGACUGGUUUCUUAAGGUGGCUUCAUAUAUAGUGUGCUGAUGAGACAGCUGACAUAUUUCAGGAUAAAAACAAAAAAAUGUCACACCAAGAGUUUCCAACUGAGGAAUCUGAUGCAGAAAGAUUCACUUGUAAUUAUUGGGAAUGUUUGAAAAGGAACAAACUUCCUAGAUGUUUUAAAUGAAAAUUUAGACUCACAGACUGAAAGGUAAGACAACAUCAAGUUCACAAUUACUGAACGCAAUACUGAACUGAACAAGAGCUGAACAAGAGCUCAGAUUCGGCUGGUAAAUGAAGUCAAAUUAGUUUGCAGAGAGUGGUUAAUGUUAGCAGUACUAGCACCACUAGCCAUCGGUCCGUCUUGCAGGUUUACCUUCAUCAGCUUGACUUGACACAUUCUACAUAAAGCUUUACCAUUGAGGUCACCUGUGCUUGUUUGCAUCUGGGUAGUAGAGUUUUAUAUCCCUCUGGCAGUGGCCAUGAAGUGGAGCUCAGGUUGGGUGACCAUAUUCUGAAUCCACAAAAAGAGGACACCACUACAAGGGGCGGAGUCAUGGAGUCGUGCGUAGUAAAUUUUGAGUCUUAUGGGUCGGGUCGAGUGUUUUUUACGCGCUUCUAACUCAGUUAGUCCACUCGACACAAACUCAAAACUUCCAUACAAAACCCCGGACAUUUGAAGGAUUUUAUAAACUCCCCCAGACAAGGCCGGACAGCCCCCCGAAAAGAGGACAUGUCCAGGUAAAAGAGGACGUACGGUCACCGUGAGCUCAGGCCACAGCCCUGGCUAGUGGUAGGUGGCGCCACUACAGCUUAGACACAACAUAUGACUGGCAUUUCCGGCCAGUAUCAAAAAUACAUUUAACUGUCAUAUGAUUCUGGUGUCGACCUGUGGAGAUGGUGUUCCAAUUGUUUGGUCCACUAAACAUCCCUGAUUGAAAGUGAUACAGUUCUGUAUUAAACAUUUCCAUCCACUAAACCAACCAUCUUCCCCUCAUCUGUGCACCCAGCUGCACCCUGUGCCUCACCGGAUAUAUGCAAUGUUCAGCGGAAUAAUUUCAUUUUCUCUCCCUGAUGCAGAUGCCAAACAGGAACCUGGAGCUGACCUGUCUUACUUCUUAACAUUGCAGCCCAGGGCUAGAAUGAAAAUAUUGCAUAGUGCUUUAGCAUGAGGCCGGUGCAGGGGUUGGUGAUGUCAGAACAUCUGCCUGUGUGGAGACUGUAAGAGGGUCUGACAGGUGGGCUGCAGAGAUAUGAGGUCAUGAACUCCAGCUGGGCGAGCUGUGCUGUUCCAUUAGCGUCGCGGUCGGGGCAAGUCUGAGCCAACGAGCAGGGGAGGGCUGCUGCAGCACUGAGAGGAUGACUAUUGACAUUUCAUUGUGGGAGCCACUCGCCAGAGGAGCACUAAUCCAUGAAAACAAACAUGCAUGUUGCAGACAGCCUCCGCCUAGCUUCAUCACUCUGAAACUAUUUAGUCAUCUUACUUACCACUAAAACACUUGGCUUGGUGACUCACCAGUGCCAGAAGGAGUCAACUUUCUUCCCCAUGUUGCACUGAGUUACUGAGAAUGACAGGCGGCUGUUUACUGACAUUACCCAUAACAAAAACGUAUAGUGACAGUCCUAAACGCUUGCACAUAGCUAUUAAAUUAAUUGUCCUGAAAGUGAUCUAACUUGAACUCAAUGUUGUUGGACAAAAGCAAUGCUGGUGUUGUGUUGCAGGCUUGAAGACUUGUUUCUGUGCAUUGAGGAGACCAUUCAGAGCUGGUUUCAGACCAAAACAGUCACGACAGCAUUGCUCCCCGUGCUCAUAUGCAGGCAAGGCAAACAGAGCAGCUGACAGAGCGCACUGUUCUCACUGGUCUACAUCCAGAGCCCUUCAGCUUAUUUAUUCACACUGCUAUUUGUUUAUUGGAGGAGAAGGGACAGCUUUCUUCAUCUCUUAAAAAGGAACAAAAAAGCCAGCGUGCGCUGGCAGGAACAGAGCGCGGUCUGUCACAAAAUGGGCGCUCUUAAAAUUGAAAGUGACAAACACAAUGUUGUUUACAUCUGAGGGGGCAAAGCUCUGGGGUAAAGCUGUGGUUGCCCUCGUACACAAGGCCUGCCUUACUCAGGCUGGAGAGAAAAGCAGGUUUUCUGCAUGGCUCAGAUUUCAGGUGGCGUGAUUGAGAGAUAUGAGGCAGAGGCCUUCAAGGGUUGUGUCCCAGGUCAAGCCAAUGUGUAGUGACAUACCUUUCAAACAGAAAAUGACAUUUCUUCUCUGCUACUUUGAGACGUGGUGCAUGCAGACAAGGCCUUUGAACCCUCAAAAUAAAACAUUACGGAGGUGAUGUAAGCUUUAGGUUAAUGUCACUCGAUGUGAACGUUAUUUACAUGAUGAUAAGCAGACACACUCGCUGAGUUGAACAUGAGGCACCAUCAUUUUAAUAAGCCACAGUUUUAAGUGUUAGCCUGGUGAAUAUUACAAUUGUAGAGCAGUAAUAGUGAUUAUAGGACAUCUGCUGUCAACAGCUUUAAAAUGCUGAAAUAGUUGUUUUUAAUAACUUGCUUGAGAAUAACAAAACAGUAAAAAUAAAGAUUGAUAUUAUCUGUGAAACCGCACCAGAGUAAAUUAUGGAGCUUGAUUCUCUUAAAUUUUCACUUGCAAAAUUUGAACGAAACAAAACAAAACAACACAUCAACCAAAAACAAAUUGCUUAAAUGCGUUUUAUUAGAACCACAGUGCAACGCCUAAAACAAAAUCUCCACUAUGUUUUAUUAGCGCUUAGAGCAGCACUGCCAAUCCACAUCAUAGCACUGUAGCUGUACUCCAGAGAUCUAGAGGGACUCAGGAAAGACGUGUUCAAAACAAUAAUAGACUAAAUUGAUUCAACAGAGACCAAGAUGUCUUGACUUUCAUUCAAACUCCAUAAUCCGUCAAUCCCACAUUUUCAGAAAAUAAAAAUAGGCAGCAUCUUUCAUUGGACCCCCUUCUUUAAAAAGUCUGUUUCUGUUACUCAUGUAGGUUUUGUGUUGAAUUGUUUUUCCUAAAAAUAAAAUAACUGAGUUGUAAUCCUUGUGACACGUCAGCUGAAAAAGCUCAAAUCUAACUGUCCAUUCUUCUGUCUUCUUUUUAUAAAUUUUAGGAAAAGACAAUGGUGGCCUGACGGAGUCUGAGCUGCCCUCGAGUGUUGAUCCUCCAGGGAUGGAAGGCAGCUACCUGAACCUCAAGGUACCAGGAGAAAAGGGGCCGAAUGAGCGUCCGGGCUCAGACCUCUCCAGCCCCCUGGACAAAAGCGAGGCUGAGAGCAACAAAGGCAAGAAGAGGCGCAAUCGCACCACAUUCACCAGCUACCAGCUGGAAGAGCUGGAGAAAGUCUUCCAGAAGACACAUUACCCAGAUGUUUACGCCCGCGAGCAGCUGGCACUGAGAACAGACCUGACCGAGGCUCGUGUUCAGGUGAGGCAAACAAUCAUUCCUGUAUUCUAACAAAUGCUCCAAUUUAAAGCUCCUGUGAUGAGCUCUGUAUGGGGACUAUCCCAAACAACUUAGUCACCGAGAGGUUGAGUAGGGAAAAUGAUACCUUGCCCGACGCAAACAUGGUUCAAUGAAUAGGCUGUAUCUCCUUUUAUAGUUUUACUGAUGCAAAAAAGACAAAGCACUUACAUGAAAUGAAAAGAGGGCAGGCGUUCAAUAUAAGGCGAAACAUAAGCUCCCAGCAAAAAGUAGGACUUCCCCAUUCACUCCCUCUCCAAUCAUUCACAAAACCCACCAGGUGAACAGCUGACUUCACUACUACCAGUGCUGACGUACCACCUCCACCACCUCCACCACGUGACUCUCAUCCCUGUAUAUAACCACACAACACAGAUAUACUAUAAAGGUCAUGGCUACCAAAAAGGACUGACAUCUACAAGUUCUUUGACAUUUAUGAAAUAGAAUAAAAUUUUUAAUGAUGUCUUUUAUAUCGGAAUAGAUCAGCAGCAACAUGACUGACAAUCUUCAUACUGUAACUUUUAAUGUUUAAAAACCACAAUGAGGGGGUAGGUGUCAGUAAGAAAGCCCUGAGUUAAUAUAUUCAACAUAAACAUUCACCAAAAACAUCAUAUAUUUAAAUGUCAGAAGUCAGCAGGCUGAGAUGUAAGCAUGUAGAGGAAAGGACAGGCAAAGGAGGCACAGACUGAAAGUUCCUCACAGAAGCUUCAACUUUUCGUCUUUUAGGUUCUGCUCUGAAGACCUUUUGACUGGAUUCUAUUAUUUAUCUUCACCUUUAAAACGUAGAAAAAUAACUGAUACUCAAUAAACUGCUCUCAUGGUGAUGGUUUGCUUUGGGUAGGGUACAAAAUAACUUGGCUAGCUUGGAAGAAACACCAGGUUCAAGUCAAAAUACCCACUUUGGUGAAGUGAAGUGGGCUUAAUCUCAUAGUUACACCGGUAAACAUGUAGGGGUAAGAAAUGGGCGAACAAAUAUCUCUGAGAUGAAAAUGUGAGGUCUUGUUGACAGAUACAACCCCCUAACCACCUCCUUUUGACGACUUCAUAACUCAAAAUCAUGACACCUGACUCACUCCACUUCCCCGCCACAAGAAAGCUUUGCCCCUCCAGUGCUGACCUGUAUUGUUUUGCUGUGGUCGUUCCUUGUUAGGAGGACAGUCUCUAUGAGCAGUGUUGUUUGGCUGCGUUUAUCCAUGUUUGCAUGUUAAUAAUCACUCUGGGAACGUAAAAAAAAGAGGGCUGAGAGAGUUCAGGCUGGCUGUUUGACAGAAAUUGUUUCAGAGCAGCAGACAGCAAGGCCUAUUGUUCUCCAUCCCUCUUUCUGCCUGCCAGGUUUGGAUCAGAGUGGGAUGGGUGGGACUGAGGGAAUACUCUGCUCUUAGCUCUUACAUGCUGCAGGCUCUGCAAAAGGGUCGGAGGUCAAGGGUUUCUCCCUCACACUACCAUGUUCAAAUACUGCUGCAUUGCACAACUGUGCAUGCACAAAGGGAACGAGAGAGUAGUCAUCAAAGCUGUUUGGGGAGGAUAUAAAAAACACUUUGAGAUGCCAGGUUCAAUUUCCACACACAGUCCAGGACACAGUCAGGGACAGAGAACCUGGUCUGCUCCAUGUGGUGGUACAGUGAAAUAAGAACAUUCAUGUUGCGUUCACACAGAACCAUCUAUUCCCCAGACGAAUAUAAUUACCCUCCUCAUCUGACAGUCUCUGUUGAGUCACUGUGAGGUUUGACCCCUACUUCUAAAUCAGACCCUAAAUAUGCAUGCAAUCAAGACUAAAGCCCACAAUUUCAUCUGAAGGUCCAUCAAGACAAAGUCCAGGGAUACCCAAUUGUUGAAUACCAAGGGGCACUUCAGGCUUGGCAAGCAGAGAAUCCUUUACAUCUCCGAACAACAACAGCCAUUGAGAUCCAGAGUACAGAUGUUUUCUGCCAAAAAGCCAAAGUCAGGGUCCUACAGUUUCAUCCUCAGUCGAUGAUCAAUGUCUUCAUCGAGCAGGGCUGCACUUUUCCACAAUCCCAUCUGCGACUUCUGCUACCACUAAGUUUAUUUAGCACAAUUAGCUCUCAACCUCAGACUUGAACCUCAGCAUACAGCCUCCUUUUUUAUGGGGGAGGCGUCAGUGUGUGAGUGAGUGCCUCGGCAGUCUAUCAAUCGCCGCCAUCCUGGAUGACAGAGAUGAGGUGAGACGGCUGGACUUCAAAGCUGCAUUUGGAGCUGUGCACUCUGCCCUCCCUCUCUCCCUCUUCCUCUCUCACUCGGCCUGCUGGCUCUGGAGCAUAAAUAAAGCUCUUUAAUGGCUCUGUAAGCUGCCUUUUGCUGUCAACGUCUUUAGCAAUUACUGUAUCACCGCCAAGCACUUUGAGCUCUGAGAACUCGGAGCCACCUUCUUCACAGAUGUCUGCUCAGGGAAAUCAACAAGAGUUGUAAGUGUUUGCAGUUGGUAAAUAUGGUCCUAUUUGAGUUUCAUUGAGGAUGGGUCACUUCUGAUCAGUCUGAAAGACAAUAAAAAUUCUUUUAUUGAAUUAAAAUUCGACUUGUGCAAAAACAUCACUGGCUUUCCUUUUCUAAUGAACUUAGAAGUUUAGAAGUUUGGGAAUAAGAGACGCAGAGCAGCAAAGGACACAUCUGACUUCAUAAUGUUCUCGAAUGAUCUCCCUGCCAAACUAUUUGGCUUCACUCUCAUUCCUACUGCUGUUCAAAGGCAAAGCUACAGAGAACAAACCCUCUGUGAAACAUGACACACUCAGCUCUCAGAGACCAAGGCAAGGGGCAUAUAUGAGCUCAGGCGUUGUUUGCUGGAUUGUAAAAGGUUCCCAUGAGUGUGCAGGAACCACCAGGUUAGCAGAACACAUUUGUAACAAACGGACUUUGAAUUUUGUAUAUGACACGGUAUGUAAAUGUGUGUAUUUUCCCUGUGCAUAUGUGCAUGCUCUGCCCACUGCUAUCGUCUGCACGCCUCCAAAAGGUCAGAGGGGUUAGCUGCGGAAAGCCAAGGGCUUAGGCGUCAGGAAAUUAAACAUGAAAUGAAAACAAGCUCCAGUUUGAACAUUCUCCCAUCUCACUUUCCAAUAUCCCCACUUCCCCUCGGUGACUUAAAAGGGAGGAGGGAGGAGAGAAAGACAUGGAGGGAGAGAGAAGGGUCGGCAGAGGGGUGAGGGGAGAGAGUAGCUGGAGAGAGAGAGAGGCUGAACUUUGGCAGCGGGUUGGGAAAACGACAAAAAGAUUAAGAGGAGAGGAUAAAGGUGGGUUAUCUUGAACAAAAAAGAUGAUAGGUCCAUAAGUGAUAAAAGAUUAUAUUUCUUAAAGAAAGUCGAGAUUUUAAGAGCCCCGGUUUGUGGUUCUCAUGUGUUCCAUAUUAUUAUGUUACAUCUGAGUCACAGAGCUUCUCAGACAUGUCUGCAUGACUUGAAGACUGAACAUGCCGAGCGGCGAUGACUCUAAAAGAAUACAGUAAUGUAUACGACCGAUCUCAGAAUGACACAUAAAGGAUACUGUCAAUAAAUGACCUCAGCUUGGUAAGGGUUAGAAAAAUGUGGCUUACGGUAUUACAUAAGUAAAUUCUCUUCAUGUGAGUGAAGUAUCUCACAUUAGUCAUGAAAGUCAGUCAUCAUUGUUUCUGGUUUCACACAGGACACGAACAAUUAUCUCCUGGUUGAUACUGGACUUCUCACUAUCUUUGCACUAUCACUGUAUCGGCCAACAGAGGGCUGAGGCAUGACUUAUUAAACUUUAAUAUCUCGCAAGAGCUAAAAGUUCUUUUUUUCUGAAGGCUUACUUUGCUUAACUGCCUGUUUAUAUAAAAGUUUAAUUUUAAUUAGGGCUGCCAAGAUAUAAAUCUUUAAUCACAAGUGAUUGCUGUAUUUCAAUAGUUAAAGCUCCUAUAAGAAAUAUUUGAUUUGUGUCAACGUUGGUGCCCCCUGUGGACAAAGCCAUCUCUUUUAUUUUGUUCUCUGCUUGCUUAAGUGGUAUUUUCUGAAAAAAAGAACAAAAAAAAUUCAGCUAAAUUAUGACAGCGAAGUCUAUUAUUUAUUGUGAAUAUUUGAUUUGGAAAUUGUAAUAGACAUUGCUGUCUACUCCCUGGCAUCAAAAAUUACAAUAUAAAAGCAGUCAAUCCUACCGUUAAUGCUCUGGUUUUCUUUUAUGUGUUGUUAAAAGGUAUUAGCAUGAAUUUCAGCCCAUUUCAUAAACAUAAAAAAAACUUCUUACAGAAGCUUAAACUGCAAUUAAGAGUAUCUUUAAUCACAUGUUUCAAUUUCUUCUAUUUUGCGUUUUAAAACAGUUCUUUGCAUUUGCAGUGUUUUGUUUGAAUUUCUUCCAUUUAGUUUAGUUUAGCCUGGUGGUAAAAUCGUGAUUUUUUGAUAAAUACUAAGGUGAUUAACCAGCGUAAACAUCCCGUUUCUAUUCUCUUAGGUGUCAAGUAUUAUUUCAGGUUCAAGUAUCAUUUUAGUAUCCAGUAUUGCAAUACUAAACUUGGUAUCUGUAUCAAAUCCAAGAUUUUGAUGUAAUGACAGCACUGGUGAACUCCAUCUUUAAAUUAUUACUUCAUUAUUUUGAAGUGAAACUUACUCUUUGAAAAUGAGUUGGGGUCAUUGAGUCCAUCUAGGUGGCAGCAGGAUGCAGGAUGACAGACUUUCACAUCGUUUUAAAAAAUAAUGUGUUAUUUUUAUUUUCCCUUAAAUGUGCAUGAGUGCUGGCAGCUGUAGUUUUACAACACUAACUGCUGUUCUGAAGUUUAAGAAAUUAUAUAUAUAUAUAUAUAUAUAUAUAUAUAUAUAUAUAUAGUUAAGGGAAAAAAAAGAGCUGUUAAAAGUUAAGAGCUGAUGAAUAAAAAAUGCUGUACUACACAAAUGACAAUUCAUUGUUAUAUGAACUUAUGGUCUUUUAAAAUGCUGCUGGGUGAGGAUGAGAGGUACAGACUGGGUCCACAUAGACCCAGACAAAUUAGCCAGUUUCACAUCUUUCUAUAAAGUGAACAUAAACAGUACGUCAGAUUCAUGAUCAUAAGUCCAUCCAGAUGCUGUUGUGAUGGGGGUUAUAUUUAGAGACUUGAUGUUAUGGGCUCACAGUACCAAAGAAGAACCAAAGAAAGGACAUGAAGAGCUCUCAACAAUAAUAGACUCUAAAUCCUCUGGGGGUCAUAACAGAGACUCUGAGCUCCUCUCUAAACAUAUGAGAUAAUUCAAAAGGUCAACAACCCCUCACCUUGACAUUUAGGUUCAGCCACAACCUCAGAUAUCAGUUUACGCCUCUGUGAGGCUGAGCUGUCCUCUCAUCUCACCAGCUGACCUGAGGAAUGUCGGAGUCGGAUGACAUUUCUUUACGUCAGCUUCUCACAGAAACAUACACAGGCAAACAAUCCUCUCUUUGACAAUGAUGUAGACAUGUUUGUGUUGUCCUGUAAGAGGAAUCACAGAUUUGCUUGAAUAUGCAUCAUAGUUUAUCUCAUUUGAUAAGUUAAAUGAAGAAAAUGGUGAGAGCGAAUCAUGAGGGGGAUAUGAGGAGGGUGACUGAGGGAAAAUUGCGUUUCAGGGACUGUGUAAACCACAAGCUGAUUGGGCUGGGAAUCAACCCACAAUCCAAGGUCAAACCCCGUGUGGAAGUAGGAUCACUCUGUUCCUCCAUUCUUUGAAGAAGUUUCCCUUUUCCUCUUGGGAGCAGAAGAUUCAGCAGACAACAAACAAAUAGAUACAGAAAAACAUGAGACCACUCCCAGCAGCCUACGUUAAUACUUUUCUUCUUCUCUUGCAUAGAGACUAUGUUGUUGAAACAUAGAAACAGUCGGUGAACAACAAAGAUCAUUUAAAAAGAGGAACAUGGUGCAAAGCAGAGGCGGAUACCACUAGCUCAUAUAAAAAAAUGGAUUUGGAAAAAUGUGAAGAAAAAAAAGUGUCCUUCAUAAUGAAAAAUUUCUCAGUGAUGUUAUUUGGGGUUUGAUACCAAUGUUUCUCUCCUCAAAUUUGUCUGACUUCACACCAUAAGAAUCCUCUUUAAUAGCAUCUUUAUAUUGUCCUGGGGUAAAAUUGACCACUGUGUGCAGAUUUAUUGAUCUUUAUCAAUUGACAAAUGACAGUGUAUGAAAUACAAGAAAACCAGAAAAAUCUGGUCAUUUCUAAAUAUCAGAGAAAACUGUGUCUGCUCAAAACACGGGGUAUAUUCUUAUAUUUCAUAAGCUGGAAGUAUUGAAUGUUUGGGCAUCUGUGCUCAGAAAUCUUCAAAUUCAAACAUGAUUUUCUGUGGAUUUAAAAUUCAGCUUUUCUUUGUUUCUUUAGAAUUUGCCAUAAUGAUAGCUUUUUUGUCUCAAGACACAAAGUAAAACUGAUAACAUUCGAUGCAUUGUCAUUUCUAUACUGUAUAUAGUGAUAAACUGUAAAUCUCUGUUAGGUGUUUUAAAAGGCUACAAAUGUCUGUGUUGUUUGUCUUCUAUCUCCAACUGCAGAACCAGUUCAUUUCACUGAUUGAGUUUAAAAUCACAUGAAACUAAACUUGCCUCAAAAGAAUUUCACAUUAUGUGAAAUUCUCAACAGAAGUCCCUGAAUUUGAGUUUGAAGAACUCCACAGGAAAAAGCUUCAGAGUAGAAAAGCGAUCUCUCCAAGGACGAAAAGGGGAGAAAAAAAGCGCCAUAAAUAACAACUGGAGAGAUUAGUAAAUCAAAGUGAAAUCCCCAGACUUCUGCUAAAAUAUUCAGUGUAUGUCAACAAUAUUUUUACACUUAUUGUUCAUAACAAACUGUCUUCAAGUCUUCAGUCCUGUUCUCCUUUAAGUCCUUCCUCAGCUCUGGGAGAGGUGGCUCAAGUAGCCUGGACUUGGUCUGUCAACAGGUACUGAGAGUAAGAGCUGUCUGAAAAGUAGCAUAUCUAUCCAUAUAACUGGAUGAAAUCACACAGUAGAACCGUAUUUAUAUGCUGCAUUCAAAACUUCAUCUUAAAGAUGGGCCGAGGAGAGAGAGCAUACUCUUGGUCGAAAGUUGAACUUUUGCUUUGUGGAUGAUACAGAGGGAUUCCCCACUGUAUCCCACUGCGCUGACAUGUGGGGGAGAGCGCACCUCUCUCAAGAGUGAUUUAUGAAUGGCUGCAGGUCCAGAUGUGGAUCUGUCGACGCUGGCAGCCUGAAGGGAGGCAGACGCCCGUGUAUCAAAGGGAGGAGCUGAAACGUGCAGCACCAGGGGAGACUCACCAUUUUCACAUCAAUAGCUCCGCGUGGACGGCACUUUAAAGACACGUCAAGUCUUAAAACCUGGGCCUGGACUUUCAUGUGCUGCAGAAUUUAUUUGCUCCACUAUCUUCAUUUUAUGUGGCUCAGUUUUUUACCUGAUCUUGCUUAGAGGAAGGGAUAGCCUCUUUUUCAGUAAAAUGCUUCACUUUGCCAACAUGAGAGCAUUGAAGGCUAGGUUUAAAAUAUUAUACAAGUUUUGUUUGGUGGGGUUUGGCCUUCCUGUUUUUAAGUGUUUCCCUGAUAUACUGUUUUCUUUCCAGGUGUGGUUCCAGAAUCGUAGAGCCAAGUGGAGGAAGAGAGAGCGUUUUGGCCAGAUGCAACAGGUCCGAACACACUUCUCUACUGCGUAUGAGCUGCCUCUACUGACUCGGCCUGAGAACUAUGCACAGGUAACGAUAGGAAGAAGUAGUCCACUAACUGACUAUGCUAUGGAUAUAACCUGACAUGGCCCAGUCGGGGUUAUAGGAGGCAGAAUUAAGCCGGUCAUUGGUAAUGAUUUACAAUUUAACUGUUGGCCACUAGGGGGAGCAGCAGAAAAAGUUCAAUUCUAAUUUUUGGCCUUUACUAAAUUUUGAAAGAAAAAUCUUUUUCUUAUAUGACGGAGUAUCAGGGCCACAUUAAGAAAAAAAAAUGACUGAGAUUAAAGUCAUUACUAAUGAGAAUAAAGUCGUAAUAAAAUCAUUAUUUACGAGAAUAAAGUUGUAAAGCAAAUGAAGUCAUGAAGCUGCUUUUGUGGAGGAGGAAAUGGCUGAACUGGUCAACUGCAGAGUUAUCUGUGGGUGCAUCAGACGGUCAUUUAGAGAGCUUUUGUGGUUUCUCAAGAAACAAACCAACUGAUGAUCAACAUUUAUGAUUCAGAGGGCGUUGAGCUCCGAUGAGCAGCACAUCUGACUCUGAUGCCGGCACAACUCCGGCAGCAACCUACACCUACAGAGGCACCAACAACUUAUGGCAUAUAGAUUCAUACGACAAACUAAAGCCAUUUGCUAUUGCUAAAAACGGAUACACUGAGGGAUUUAGCCUCUGCACAGCAAUUUCCAGCCAUCUCCCCCUCCUCAAAAACAGUGAUUCCCUACAAGUCUGCCUGGUUCUUUCUGCGGAAAAGAUACAUUUCUUGCAUAAGUCCUGAUACUUUAACAAUGUGAUGCUGAAACUCCUUGUUUGUGAAAUCUAGCGACUAAAUUUCAAUUCAUCUAAAUGCUUCACAGCGCUGACUUAAACAACUAACAACAGGUUACUAUUAGCUACGACUUUAUUCCCGUAUGUAAUAAUUUUAUUAUCACUUUAUUUUCGUAAGUAAUGAUUUUAUCACGACUUUAUUCUCAUGAGUAAUAUCUUAUUAUGACUUUACUUUCGCAAGUAAUUAUGAAGUCUUAAUUUUUUUUUCUUAAUAUGGUCCUAAUACUCCGUUGUACUCUUAAACUGCUAUAUACAUGAAAAAUGUUCUUUAAAUAUGUGUUGUUGUUUUUUACUAUUCUUUUUUCGAAGAAUGGCAGUGAGAGUGAAGUUGUUUUUAUUUUGUUAAAAACACUUUGGGGACAGCUCUGCUCACCCCAGACAUAAAAGUAAAGAGAACCCCUAACCAGUGUCGUUUACCCACAGAUCCAGAACCCCUCAUGGAUCAGCAGCAGCAGUGGAGCAUCACCGGUGCCAGGUUGCGUUGUGCCUUGUGACUCCGUCCCCUCAUGCAUGCCUCCUCACCCUCACGGUCCGGGAGGCGUCUCUGACUUCCUGGGCAUGCCAAGUCCGAGCAGCAGCCACAUGGGACAGACACACAUGGGCAGUCUUUUUGGAAGUCCUGCGAUGGGCGGGGGAAUCAAUGGCUAUGAUCUCAAUGUUGAUCCAGACCGCAAGUCGUCCAGCAUAGCUGCGCUGCGUAUGAAGGCCAAGGAACACAGUGCAGCCAUCUCCUGGGCUACAUGA